UCACUAGGUAGACUCGCCGAUUGUGGGAGCAAAGUGAGGAGAAGGUACAGUUUGAAUUGCCGAUUUUUAACUUUCUUCAACGAAGUCAGCGGAGCGGAGGACAAAAGUAUUUACUAAGUAUUUAAAAAGGUGUUCCAGCCAGCAUAUGACGAUACUACUCUAGUAGUCUCGAACAUUUAAAGCAUAUUUUAGGGUCUAUUUACCAAAAAUCUAUAUUUAUCUUUCCCCAAAACCAUUCUCAAUCUUUGGAUUCGGCUAUAUGGUGACAGAUUUGGACCGACCAAGGUGCCUUAAACAUGUUGCCAACCAUCUUAAAUGUGAAUCCAAAAAAGUCAGCUCUAAACUUUACGACAACUUGGAUCCUCAAGUAAAACACUUUGUCAUUGCUUUUCAUUUAGAAAUUCGUUUUCAAUAUCAUAAAAAGAAGACAGGCGAAUUGAAAUAUACUAUAAAAUACUUUAGAGACGACGAAAUGCGAUAUAUAAUUACGUUCUACAACAUAAUACUCUUAAAUAUGCUGUCUGCGGGGGCGCGUGAAGAACUGGAUAAGAGUUGUCCGCAAGUGAUAAAUAUUGAGUGGAAUGAUGUGUGCCAUGGAACUAUAACAAGCGAGAUCAAGCUCAAGUACAAAGAUCAAAUGACAAGCAUUGGAACGCCCUUCAAAGUACUGGUCUCAACGAGUAUCCCGGGCUUCCUGGUGACUUUCUAUGAUUCAUUUCUGUUAACUUGUACAACGCUUCGUAUUGACAAGAAUUUGGUGGCCACUUGUGCCAAAAACGGCAACUAUACGAUAAAGCCUUCCAUGGUUUACUGUUUUAAUUAUUAUCUAUAUUAUGUAACUGAAUUGAUGGAAGUAUGCUUUGACCCAGCAGAUUACAAUUUACUUGCAGUACCUUUUAAAUUUGUGGCACUGCACUAUGCCUACACGCCACCACUUGAAGGGGGGCCAAUUGCCCUCGAUAUAACUCCGAAAUGGCUGCUUUAUGUAAUCGUCGCUAUGCUGGUGUGGGUGACUUGACAAUCAUAUAUGUAUAUAUAUAUAUGAGUGUGUGUAAAUAAAUCAAUGAAUCAAAUAAAAAUAUUUUGUU